AUGGGAAAUGCAUGCAUCAGACCAUAAACGUCAGCCAGUGAUAUGAGAACAGCUCGCAGGAUAUAAAAGUACCAAGAAUACAAAAAACAAUAAUAGCAGUCCAUGAUUUCAUAGUAAACUGCUGAGACUUAGAAUGCUGAUAUGUAUGAUUAGCCAAAUAUAUUCAAGUAAAAUUCGAGAUUUUUGAAUUACAAACCUCUCAGAAAAGAAGGUAUUGAUGAAAUGGAUAUGAGGUCAGAGCAAUCACUUGCUACGACUUCAAUGCUUUAUACAUCACAAAAAUUUCCAAAGAAACUCAAGAAAAAAAAGAAACCAAUGAUUGAGCUUUCUCCAAUUUCAAAUGACUUUAGACCUAGUGAAUGCUCUCAAAGAAAUAGAGAUAUAGACAUAAGUAAAAUAGAUCUAAGAAAAUAUAGUUUCAUGAGCUAGACUGACUAGCUUGCUUCGAAUGACUCAUUUGCAAAAUCUUCUCAUAACUAGAUAAUUGUUCCUUUAGAUGGAGAGCCUUUAUCCUUCGCUCCAUAUAUAGAGAUGGGUAACAUAGGUGCUAAUCUAGAUUCAAUGAAAAUAGCUUCUUUUGGAGGAGCAGGUAAUUUGAAAUUCCCUGUUUAGAAUGGGAACCAACUGAACUACUAAAACGAUAAACUUGAUACGAGCUUUAAAAGUAACUUCAAAUUUGAAUCCUCAGUACGAGGAAAUAAUAAUAACUCCCAAAAGUCUAAUGAAGAGGUUAAGUCGGAGCUAGACAUUAAAGAAGACUUGGAUCUCAGUAAUAAAGACACAGACAAGGUAUUAAUAGAUUAAAUCCUCAUGAAAAAACUAAUAAUUAAUAUAGAGACUGAUGAUGAUUUAGAAAGAAUGGUAGAUGAUGUAUUGUUCUCCCCAGAAAAGGUAAUUUAUAGAGAUAAAUCAUUCAUUUAAUAGUAAGCAAGACCUUAAUCAAAGAGAGAUUCAGCGGCAAGUUCUUAGAGAUUUAGAGUCAAUGGAUCAAGGCCAGGAACAAGUGGAAUGCAGUACUAUUAAUAAAAAGAUCUUGACCUUAGUCAAACAACUAUUGAUAAAGAGUCAAGAUAAUAUAUGAACAUGCUUAAGCAAGGAAAUAGACUGGAUCUGACAAAUAAUAACGAAUAGAUUAAAAUGAUGUCAUAGAGUCUUCGUCAAAAGCUCAGUGAUCUACUGAAGGAGCAAUAAGAUUAGAGAGUUUUAGAAAAGAGAGGAUUACCCAUAGUACCAAAGCUUUAUUAACUUCCAUUAAUCAGUGGAACUGAUAAAGGCAAAAACCAGCCUAUUUGUGCCAAUGAUGCUCAUAUUAAAGCUACAAAUAAUGGGUAUAAGAGAAACACACUAGGAGGAUUCUUCGCUCAUUGA